UGAGGGACUGAAUUGUUCAUGAAAUAAUUUUAUUGCUUAAUAAUAUGACGAGUAUCUUUAUAACAAUGACUGACAACAAUCCAGUGAAUCUUCAAGCCACAGCAGCACGUGAUGUUGAUCCAUCAUCUUGGAAUGAUUCGUUGCUUAAAUCCAUCAAGUCAUCAUUGAAAAAUGACAAGUAUCCAUCAUUCAGCAAAAAAAACCAAGAAGUGAUUAAAAAUAUACUUGCAAAAAUUCCUCAGCUUGAUGACAAUGUCACAAAAAUUUUUGAUAUAAAUUACAACAGAAAAAAUGCAAGUAAAUCAAAACAACAUCGUGAACAAGGUAAUAAAUAUUAUUCAUUAUUAAAAAAUGAAAAUUUAAAUAAUGCCAUUGAUGAAUACACAAAAAGUGUUGCAUAUGCAUCACCAAAUGAUGAUGAAUUAUCACUUGCUUAUGCAAAUCGUAGUGCAGCAUUAUUUAAAUCAAGAUUAUAUUCACAUUGUCUGAAUGACAUUGAACAAGCACUAUCCAAUCAUUAUCCAGAUAAUUUAAAAGCAAAAUUAUAUGCACGUAAAAGUAUAUGUCAAAAGCUAUCAAGAUCAUUUGAUGAUGAUCAAGGAAAGAAAUCUUUUCAACAAGCCAACAAAUGGUUAAACAAAAUGGACGAAAAGAAUAAAAAAUUUACUGAAAAAUUAUUACAAGAAUAUAAAACAACAACGAACGAAGUACAUAACAGAGAAUUUGGUAUAUGGACAACAAUUAAACCAGUUCCAACAUUGAAAAAUAAAAAUAAACAAUUAUCAGAAUUAUCUGGCAGUGUUAAAUUGAGUUACGAUGAUAAAUUUGGUUGGCAAUUGAUUGCAACAAGUGACAUCGAGCCAGAUGACGUUGUCUAUGUACACAAGCCAUAUGCUAAAAUUGUCCUUGACAGUAUGAAGUAUAAAAUAUGUUCAUUGUGUUGCAAACAAAUUUGGUCAAGUGUACCAUGUGAUGAUUGUCCUGAUGCAUUUUAUUGUUCAACUACUUGUAAAAAAAUUGGACAAAUGGAACAUCAUAAUUACGAGUGUCGUGUCAUUGGACCAAUGAUGGAAUUUAAUAUGAAAGAUUAUUUUUUUAUGGCAUUGAGACUUGCUGUUAAAGCUCUUGAUGAUGCUGAUGAUUCAUUUGAGCUGUUGAAAAGUAACAUCAGUGAAUUAAACAAUAAACAAGUUAAGGUGAAUGAAAAAUAUACACGAGGUGUUAUUGAUCCAACAAAAUUUUCAAGUAUCUAUAACAUGAAUACAAAUGAAAUGGUGGUGAAAAUAAAUAAGCCAGAGUUGCUGAGAGGAUCAAUUUUGAUUGCUUAUUUACUUGUAACUAAAACUGAAUUUAUUGGUAGAAAAUUAACUGGAUCAAUUGGUGAUUUAAAAGAUGAUGAUGAUUUUGUAUUUAUGAUUGAAUUUAUUGAAAAGCUUGCAUCAUUGUCAAUGACAAAUAUGUUUACAAUUGAUAUGCGACUUGAUACUGAGGUUAUGGAUGAUUCUAUUAAAAGAAUUGAUAUUGGUCUUGGUAUAUCAGUUUGUCAAAGUUUGAUUAAUCACAGUUGUAAUCCAAAUGUAUUUUGUCGUUAUCAUGAUGAUCAUAUUAUUGCUCAUUGUCUUCAACCUGUUAAAAAAGGUGAACAAAUAUUUACAUGUUAUGGAGCACAUUUUAAUAAGCUAACAAAAAAUGAAAGACAAGUUAUUCUUUAUGAUGGACAUCAAUUUAAAUGUAGAUGUGAAGCUUGUAAUAAUAAUUGGCCUGUUAAACCAAUUAAAUCAACAGCUUCUUCAUUUUCUUGUAAACAUGAACGUCAAGAACUUAAUCGUAUUUUUAAGGCUUUUAAACAUGAUAUGGAAAUGCGAACUGGUUUUGUAACAGCUACUGCUCAAAUGGGAGUUCUAACUACUGUUCAACAUCAUGAACAAGGUGAAAUUGCUGAAGGUGUUAAAAUUUUGUCAAAUCGUUUUGGAAAAAAUUCUACUGAAGCUUAUCAAUUCAUGAAACUUUUGAAAAGAGUUUUUUGCUUUGGUGAUGUACCAUUUUAUAUUGUCAAGUAAAAACAUUUUUUUUUUUUUUUUACUCGAAAAAAUUAUUAUUAAUUUUUUAUUAACAAAAGAUAUGUCAUUUAACUUUUUUUAAAUAUUUUUUCAUUUAAUUAUGUAUUUUCUUUUAUUAAUUUAACAAUAGUUAAAUUUUUUUUGUCGUGUUUUCAGCAUGUUUUUUUUCUGGUUAAAAAAAAGUUUAAAUAAAUAAUAAAAACUUGAAAAUUAUAAUAAUGUU